UGUGUACUACACGUACCACAAAUAAAAAACAACCAUGACAUGUAGUUAUAUGGAUUGAUAUAAAUGUACAAAUGUUUGUAUAACAAAGACAGAACAAGUGGUCGUCGUCAUACAUAAAUCAACUUUAGGUUAAUAGUUAACAAUAAUUUUUUAAAAUUUGACUUAAAAUGUCACCACCAAAGUCUGAUAAAAUUUCAAAUGGAAGUAAAUGUACUCCAAGUGUUUGGAGCCGAGCAAUAACUGCUAAUUCUGAGUGGCCGGACAAGGAUGAAUUUCUAGAUGUCAUCUACUGGAGUCGUCAAAUUAUUGGUAUAAUUUUAGGAGUAGCCUGGGGACUUAUUCCCCUCAAAGGUUUUGUAGCUCUAGUAUUAUUUGCUUUAUUUAAUGCGGGUUCCACGUACUUGUAUAUGAGUAGCUACCAACAAAUUGAUGAAGAAGAAUUCGGAGGUGUGUGGGAAUUAACCAAAGAAGGAUUCAUGACAUCAUUCGCAGGAUUUUUAGUUACUUGGAUAAUUAUUUACUCUGGUUUGCAUUUCGACUGAAGAAAUAAAUUUAAAUACAAUCAAGAAUCAAUGAACAAAUUGAGUAUUCACUAAUAAUAAUGCUCAAUUAAUUUAAUAAUUAAUUAAAUUUCACUACAAUGUAAAUAAAUAAUAUAAAAUCAUUGUUCAUGUGCCUACUAUUAACUACUGUAAUAUAUCUGUGUAUACAUGUGUCGACUGAUUACGCAGUUUGA